UAAUGAUAAAAUCGAUUAUAAUGACUGAUUGAUUAUAUUAAUGUGUUAUAGUCAAGAGGAUCAGAAAAAGAGUCCAUAUAUACAGUAGAUAUGCAUGCACAUGUGUAUUUGAGCAUGGCUAGAUUUGUACUUAGAAUUGCCGCGGCUGGAGCAGGUCAGUGCGCUGUUGGCCGUUGUGGUGAGAGGUUAUGUGCGCUGAUCACAAGCGAGUGUCGCCGCAGCCCUCGAUAGCCUUACCUGGCUAAAGUGAGAAUUUCCCGACAUUUAUUACAUUGAUUAAAACUCAAUAAAGGUUAAAAAAUUCUUGCCGAGGUUUCCAUAAUCCCUUUGAUACGAGCUGAAUAAAACUGGCUGAGGUGACCAGGAUAACGGUAACAAGUAAUCCAACAAAAUAUAGUUUCAACGAUGGAAUUUCGAAAUAGUUCAGUGUUGUCCUCCGGAGACCUUCACACUGGCCAACAAAUAGCGGCAGUAAAGCAAAUUUUACUGCCAGAGGAUCGUCGCGGGACACGGCGAAAUACAACAACACAUUUCAGCCGUGUGGGCCUACGUCCGGAAGUAGAAAAAUGGCCUAGCAGUGGUCAUAGCCCAUCAUAUAUGGAACACACGACUCGAGGGAGGCUGUUUGACGACACAUUGGAUAGACCUGCGGGCGACAUAAAGAACGCAUGCCACGCACACACGCUCGAAAAAGAAAGCAGUUUUUCUUCCGCGGUCUGGAGAAACAUACAUUCUAGCAGAUGUGAAGUUUCAUCUAAAGCUUCAAAAGUAUCUCACAAACCGAGAGAUGGAAUGUUUAUGUCAAAAGAAGAUUUUGGGUUUAAAUGUAAAUUUGGACAUUACACGUUAAAAUUGCAGUGCCUUCUUUUUGUAACGGUUUUGAUGACAGUAACUAUAAGUGAGCGAGCGCAAGCUUCCAAGCCUUCUUGCUUCAAGUGUGGUCUUGCAAGAACAGCCGAACUUCACAGAAGUAUCCAUGAUGAGAAACUAGAGAACCUGGGUGGAGGCAACAUGCCCGUUGCAAGUAGUUCGGUGAUCAGAGCAACAGAGUCUCGAGAGUUUCAAGUGACCGGAGCGGAGGCGGCGUCAAUAGAUUUCCUAGGAAAAGGAUCAGAAGAGGGCCCUGAAAAAGGACUAACAGAGAGCAAUGAAAAAGGACCAACAGAGAGCCAUGAAAAAGGACCAACAGAGAGCCUUGAAAAAGGACCAGCAGAGAGCCAUGAAAAAGGACCAAGAGAGAGCCAUGAAAAAGGACCAAGAGAGAGCCAUGAGAAUGGACCUGCCGAACAGGAAGAAGUUUGUGGCCCUCGGAGGAGCUGCCCUGAAGGCAAGACGUGUCGCUACCGCGUGCCUGGCACCAUCGGCGUCUGUACAGAUGCGGUGUCUUUGCCGUGCGUUGUCAACGGGACUUCAUACGAGGAUGGGACGAGUUUCCUCCUGGACUGCAGAACGGAGUGUACCUGCACGGGCGGCGCGUACGCAUGCGUGUCGCUGUGUCCUGAAGAGGCGCUGCCGCCAUCCUCGCACUGCAGGAACCCUGCGCUGCAGGAGACAGGACAGCAAUGCUGCAGACAGUGGACCUGUGACCCAGAUCCUGAUGCGAUGGCGCCGGGCAGCUCGAGGUGCGACGUAACCGUGAGUCGCUGGUCUGCAUGCUCGUCUCUCUCCUGCGGUCUGGGUCUGUCCCAGAGGUGGGCUACAGACAGCAUCACCUGCAGACCAGAGCUGCAGACCAGGCUCUGCCAACUCAGACCUUGUGCAUCAAUGGUUUCUGCUGAACCUCAACGCCGGCGCCGGUUGAUAAGGCAGCGCAGCCACCACUGCAAAGCAACGCUGCGUGCCGAGCGAGCCGAGCGAUUGAUCGCUGGCCCGUGCGUGAGCCAGAGACGCUACAGAGCGAAGCGCUGCAACAGCUGCCGGGACUCUUGCUGCGCCGCCUUCGUCGACACAAGCCUCGAGGUGACGUUCUUAUGUCCACUGCACGCCGUGCCCCCGUACCUGCUCCCGGACUCUGCUUUGUCUCCAGUGGACCAAGCAGCUCUCUUCGAAGCCGCCACUGAUCCUGACACCCAUGAAGGCAGGAUUGGAGAUCUCACCGUUGCAGGAGAACAGGAAUACGACAAUGUCACGGCCAGUAACUAUGAAGUGGUCGUCAAACGGGUGCAGUGGAUCCUGCGUUGUCGAUGUACUCCAACUUGUCAAACUCCUACGGUCCUCCCAACAACUUCCCCAACUUGGGGUCCAGAAUUCGAGUAUUUCGAAGCAAGCUAAUGCAGCUCUCGCAGUUUACAACCUGCGGAGGUGUAUUUCAACAAAGCCUCAAAUCCCAAAGCCUUAUGGCCAAUAUGCCUGUAGUCUACAUAAAAUGGUCAAAAUGGAGUAGAAUAUUUCGUGUUACUUGGUUUGCCAGAAAAUAUUGAAAUAUAUUAAAUGAUCUUUGGUAACAUAUUGGAACUACAGGCUAAGAUUCCAAAAAUUUAUGUGACUCUUCUGUUGUUUUCGAUUACACUAAAUUAUUUGUAUUUAAUUUUUUUGUCAUUUAAGCGAACAAAAUUAACGCAUAAAGCGCUUGUUAUUGCUGUGAUGAUUUUGCAGCCAUAUAAUAAAAACAUCCUUACAAAUAUUUAUUUAAUUGCAAGUAUAUUAUUGCAGCAUAAUUGCAUUACUUUAUAUCACUGUACAAGAAACAAGACAAAUAUGCAAUUUUGUGAGGAGUCUUUAUAGGCGGAAUAUUUUGAAGCAUCUUUCAUGAGGUUUCUGUGCCUUAAACAAAAACUUGUACAGAUCAAGCACGACGUAAAUAGACAUAGCGGUUAAAAUGGAUGAGCGUUAAUCAGAAAGUGUUUUCUUUUUAUCUCUAUUACAUGAGAAACUUGAGGCUAAUGAUACGAUGAUUAAUUGAGAGGUUCUCAUUAAGGAUUGUGUGUUGUUAUAGUCUGUAGACGUACCACAAUAUAGUAUACAAGCAAAUUAAACUGUUGAUUGGAAGGUUAAUUGAUACAUUUUGUGUGUAGUUUAUAGUCUGUAGACGUACCAAAAUGUAGUAUACAAGCAAAUAUAAGUCUG